AUGCUGAAUUUCAUGGACCAUGAGACCAUGUAUUUCAUCGCCGACUACGAUGGUGUUGAGGGCAAUGUUGAUCCUAUCGUCACGGCUUGUUCAGCAGCGGUUCCACUGCAUGGCCGUGUCUGUGAGCUCACAAUCCGUAUGAAGCCAGACAACAGCGACAACAGUGUCGUGCCCAUGUUUACCGUACCAGACUUGACACGGUCUGUGUUCAAAGAUCUAGGUGUGGUUAAGGGUCCACCUUACUUCAAAUUUUAUGCAGGAACUCCCAUUACAACCAGUGCCGGCAUCAACAUUGGAAGCCUGGCUAUUCUCGAUGUCAAACCUCGCGACGGCUUGACGCCUGCUCUGGAGCGUCUCCUUGGCCGCACGGCCCAACAGGUCAUGGAUACCUUGGAGACCAGACGACUGGCGGCGGACGGAAGGAGAGCUGCACUUUUUCUGAAGAGCUCUGAAGCACUCACUUCUGGCAAAUCCAGUGUUUUCACGAAAACGGAGCCUCCCACAUCAUAUGGCAUUUCAGCCACUGCUCAACGGCCUGGUCAAGCAAAGGAGAGGUCGAGCUCUGUUGUGAGCAUACCUGGAGUUGCUGCUGAGGAGGCCGAGGACGAGCUGUCCCGAUCAGAGGACGAUCCAGAACGAAUGAAAGCCGAUCUUUCAGGACCGGCGACGUUUGAAAGAGCCGCAGGUCUACUACGGGAAUCCUUCGACCAACUGGACAUGUGUGUUGAGGUUGUCUUCGCCUUCCUUGAUGUCUCGCGCCACAGAAUAGGCUCACACGAUCAGCCAGUCUCCUUUAUUGCUUCGCCUCAGGAGAGACCCGACAAUGUCAAGCUUCCAGACACUCUGAUAAAGUCACUUGUCAGAAGAUAUCCCAAGGGCUGCUUGUUUGAUCUCGAAGAGUCGCUCUGCUAUUCUCCUAUCGAUCCGAAUAAGACCGGAUGGCUGUCGGUCAAGCGGCCUUCCAGACCUACUGCCUCGCAACUGGAUCGGAUUGACGCCCUUCGUGAGGCUUUCCCCGGCGCCUCCCAGGUACUCUUCACUUCAUUGUGGGACCCUGAUCGUGGAUCAUUCGCUGCUGCCGCUUUCAUUGCGAAUAUGUCGAACAAAUACGCGCUAUCAGUCACUACCGAUCUCUCAUUUCUCAAUUCAUUCUGCUGUAGUCUUAUGGUUGAAUGUAGCCGCAUCGACGCCGCAAAGUCCAGCCAGCAGAAGUCCGAUUUUUCCAGCACCAUUUCUCACGAGCUAAGGUCUCCCUUGCAUGGCAUACUCGCAAGUGUGGAGUUUCUGUCGGAUACACAGCUUGAUUCCCAUCAAGAAUCUCUUGUGAGUACGGUACAGAGUUGUGGGAAGGUCCUUUUGGACACAAUCAACCACGUCCUUGACUACUCAAAGAUCAAUACCUAUCGAAAAGCAUGGCAAGCUGAGAACACACGGACUUUUGCGUUGAAAGGCCGGAAGGCACCACCUAUUGCGCCACCACCACUGCUCCAGAUGACCGAGGUGACAGAGGUUGCGAACAUCGUAGAGGAAGUCGUUGAGACACUUGUCACAAGUCAAGAGUUCUCCGACAAGCAUGGAACCAGUCUGCGGAGCAACGGCCAUGCUAAAAACAGGCUACAGGUCUUCCUGGACAUCGAUCCUGGGGACUAUAUUUUUUCCACACAACCUGGGGCGAUACGUCGCAUCGUCAUGAACCUUACAGGCAAUGCAUUGAAGUACACUUCGAGUGGUAGUGUCACCAUUGCUUUGCACCAAGAGGCCUCUACUGAGGUUCUGCUGACCGUCAGCGACACCGGGUGUGGCAUCAGCGAGAAGUUUAUCGAGACCCGUUUGUUCAAUGCUUUCUGUCAGGAGAAUGUGCUGGCACCUGGCACAGGUCUAGGACUAUCAAUUGUUCACAAUAUCGUUACCAUGCUUGGAGGCUCUAUCAAAGUGUCCUCGGAGUUGGGAGUCGGGACUACAUUCAACGUGAGGCUUCCCCUGCAGCGGCCUCUGCCAGGCCAGCAAUCGACCACAACUACUCCGCACUCUGGAUCAAGCACCUCAUCCACUCGAUCAGAUCCUCAAGUGGCUGCAGAGCUCGUUCGCAAGUCGUCUAAACGCCGUGUAGUACUUGCAAUUUCGAACGAGAAGCUCAGGCUUAACGUUGAGAAGAUCCUGACUGGGUGGUUCAAGCUCGAAAUUGUCGGAAAAGAUGCCGAUGUCUGCAUCACGGAUGAUCCAUCUAUGCGCGAGUCGCCCGCCAAGAGCGUUAUUUUGUUGGGCACUCUCGCACAGCAGAGGGCUCACGUGUCACAGUCGCGUGUGGAGUAUGUGUCUACCCCUGUUGGGCCUUACCGACUUGCUCGAGUGCUCUACGCUACCCUUGUGAAAGCUGGCUCGCGACCAGUCUCUAUGCGUGGUGGCAGUGACCUCGGUGGUUUUGCUGGACACGCUCGUCAGCAAAGUUUCAACGCCAGUCUACAUGAAAUUGACGUUGGAGGUGACUUGCGCCAUAUGAUUGGAGCUGCAGAGACAAUGUCCAUUGCACAGAACAGUCCUCAGGCACUGAAGGUUCUCUACACACCAAGAGACGUUGCGCCCGAUUCGGUCGUGGAAAAGGGCGAAGGAUUUCCAUUUCCAGGACAAGAUGAAACUCCUGUCAAAGCGGCUCCGACACAACAAAACGGCUUUCAGGACCCUUCGGCGAAGCUCAUCAACCUGAAUCUGCUGAAGAACUUCCUUUCCCGAAAGCGCAAAUAUGCUGGCGUUGGCAGCGCAGAGGACGGACAGCAAGCGGUUGAUCUAUUCAUUUCCAACGCAGAGCAGACGAAGCCCUAUGAUAUCGUGUUUAUGGACAUUUCCAUGCCUAUCAUGAAUGGCUUUGAGGCAACCAGAGAGAUCCGUGCGUGGGAGAAGAAACAAAAAACCACUGCUGGAAGCGGAACACUGAUCAUCGCCCUUACCGGUUUAGCAGGCAGUCGCGACCAGGCUGAAGCGUUCGAUGCAGGCAUUGACGUUUAUCUGACUAAGCCGGUGUCGUUCAAGUCAGUGGCAGAACUGCUUGACAAUUGGGAGACGAACCAGGAGAUUGCAAGGACAGCUGCGCAUGGAUCAACGCCCACAACACCGAAGCACCCGACACAUCCCAGCCAUGGGCAGAACGCAUCGGAAGCCAUGGCAGGCUGA